UUGACAACAACUUUUUGGAGUCUUGCUUGAUUUGGCGGAAGAAACGAUGUCCGGAAAGGAUCUUAAGGGUUUGUACAAGACUCUUGGAGUGGAUACCAACGCUGAUGAGACCGCAAUCAGGAAGGCAUACAGACGACUUGCUCUUCGAUGCCACCCUGACAAAAACCAAGACAAUGAAAACGCCACGGCGGAGUUUCAGAAAAUUGCAAAUGCGUAUGAGGUGCUCUCUGAUCCCAAACGUCGGUCUCUCUAUGACUCCACCGGCUGUGUGGACGCAGAGGAGCUUGACGGUGAUGGUUUCAUGCGAGCAGAAGAUUUGUUUGCAGCCUUUUUCGGCGGGGGCAUGGCGCAGGAUCUUGAUGAUGAAGAGCAGGCGAUGCUCGACGAGUUUCUCAAGAUGACAGGGGCUUUUAGCUUUAAGGCCGGUGGCAAGAAGGGCCGUCGUCGUCGUGGAAAAGCACAGGCCGCCUCAUUUGAGAAGGCCUUUCUGGCUGCCAUGGCAGGAAUGCCAACCACGGAUCCUACAUGUCCUUCAGGGCAUGCCUUGAAAAGGAAGAAAGCUGACGGAGGCUAUGAAUGUGAUAUUUGCCAAGAAGAUGUGCCUGAUGGCAAGCGGUUCUUUGACUGCCGAAAGUGUGACUUCAGCAUGUGCGCAAAGUGCUACAAGCACGCAGAGGCCGCCGCAAUGGAGGAGGCAGAAGAGGAAGAGGAGGAGGGAGAAAUAUUUGAAGCUUUCUGCUCGAUGAACAUUCAGCCAGAACGCCAGGGUGGACGGCUGGCCUUCCGCUGCAAGUUAUGUGGCAAACUCCUGGACACUCAGAGCAAGGCCGCAGAGCACCUUGUCGACGACCAUGCCCAGGAAUUCGAGAUGGUAGCCAAUGAAGUCCGUUCCGAAAUGGGCGGUUAUGCUGCCGCAUCGUCUUCAGGAAUGGAUGGCUUCGAGGCAUUCCUUCUUGGGGCCAUGGAGGGUUUUGGCCCGGGCCCAAUGGGUGACCUCGGCGGCGGCUUUGGUGGUCUUGGCGGCCCUCCAAAGGGAAGGCGUCACAGGAGAAAGCGCUGAGUCCAACUGGGAGUCUCGGAGCGGAGGCAAGCCUUGCACAGUGGUUGCUGCCUUCUAGCGAUCCAUGUUGAUCGUGGCAAGUUCUUAAUUUGCAGCUCUGAGACUUAGUAUAUGAAUCACUGCAAUGUAGGUGAUGUCAAUAGAUUGGUAGACUUUUCCCAGACUUUGCCGGCACAUCAGCAAGAUGCGGAUGACCGAGCCUCACUUAGAUUGGCCUGCAACUAAGCGUGGCCACCUGCCAUCGAAUGCUUGAA